GAUCACCCAUUCAGCUGUGCCUGCGUUUGCAGCUUUGGAGGAGGGGAGAGGAGGGCGAGGGGGGAACAAUAAGCCCACUAACCGAUGGUCAGGCAAAGAAAAGUAUCCGGGAGGCAGACUGACAGGUGUCGCGGAAGUUUACACCUGCAGAGGCGCAUCCCUCCGCGUCUUUAUUUUUCUUUCAUUAUCUGGAAUAACGUGAAGGGGGCUGUGACUGGCGGUCAUUCGGCUCCCAUUGAUCCCGUCCUCGGCCUCCGGAGCAGCAGUGCCUGUGCCUCUCCUCUGCCCCCUCCCUGCUUGGACCAGCAGCAGAAGCUCGGCGUGGCAAAGGCAGGAAAAAUGGGUCGCAAGCUGGACCUGUCGGGCCUGACGGAUGACGAGGCAGAGCAUGUCUUGAAAGUGGUCCAACGUGACAUGAAGCUGCGAAAGAAGGAGGAGGAGAGGCUGAGUGAGAUGAAGCAGGAGCUGGCAGAGGAAGGCAGCAGAUGCUCCAUCCUCUCCAAGCAGCAUCGUUUCAACGAGCACUGCUGCAUCCGCUGCUGCGCGCCCUUCACCUUCCUGCUCAACCCAAAGCGCCAGUGCCUGGACUGCCAAUACAACGUCUGCAAGACCUGCUGCACUUACAACAAGAGGGACAAAGCCUGGCUGUGCUCUGCAUGCCAGAAGGGCAGGAUUUAUCGGACGCAGUCUCUUGAAUGGUAUUAUAACAAUGUGAAGAGCCGCUUCAAGAGGUUCGGCAGCGCCAAGGUUUUGAAGACUCUGUACAGAAAGCACAUUAUUGAGAGAGGCGGGUUCUCUGAUCUUCCAGAAAGCAGCGUUCACGAGGGAAGCAACGACAACGAUGGCAGCGUCUGCGGCAGCGACUCCGUCUUUUACAAGCAGAGCGAAGGACACAGUAUGGCAGAGACGCUCACAGUCGCCCUGCGUGUUGCUGAGGAAGCUAUAGAGGAGGCCAUCGUCAAGGCAGAGGAGUUCCGGGACAGUUUGGAAAAGCAGAAUGAGGCUCGGUAUCUGCAGGACCACAAAGAGGAGCUCAUAGAGGAACUCGCCACAACAAUUGUCCAAAAAAUCAUCCAGAGGAGGAAGCGCUCAGAGAUGCAGACAGAGUACGACCUUGUCUGGCCUCAGCCUCAGUCUCAUAUCCAACCUAGUGAACUGCCCUCUCCCUCUCAGCCCCACACUUCAUCACAAGACCCUCUCAAGACCUCCUACUCUCUCUGGCGAUCACGGUCAGCGUUCUCCCUCACAAGUGACGACUCUCCAGACAAGGGUCCAGAAGAAGAGGAUGCAGGAGCAGGUGGCAGUGGCCUGCAGGAGUAUGCUUCUCUGAAGAGGGAGCCCAAGGCUGCAUCCUUACCCAGCUGGAAAAGCAUGGAUCGCUUAGAAAAUUCAAGUGCAUCCUCUGUGCUCCAGAGCCCAGAUGGGAACUGGAUCGCUCUGCAUAGUUCCCAACUGUCUCGGCCCAGCCUGCUCACAAAGAGGAAGAGCCUGGUGUUUAGCGUGCUUGAAAAGGAGUCCAACGUAGUCUCCGCUUAUGACGAGAUGGGAUCCGACUCCGAGGUGGAAGAUGAAGGAGGGUGGGGAUCGGCAUUGCGGCAAUUCCAACGCAAACUGUCAGAUGAGACUUACUACACAGAUUCUCAGCAUGACCCAGAGUGGACCUACACCCAGCACCUCCCUGUUACCUCACCGUCCUCCGGCCAGUACACCAACACAGAGACUCUCAACUCAGACUCCGAGGCCUCAUCAGUGUUGUCUGCAUGUCCUCGCAAACCACAUCAUAACCUGUUGAGGAAGAAAGGCCCGGCGGAUGCUUAUUUGCACCCCCAUCAGCAACCGAUCUACCAUCAACACCUUCAACAGAACUUUACUCCAUACCUGGCCUGCUCAGGCGCACUAGAUGUAAACUUUAACCCCAAGGUGAUAGGAGAUAGUAGUGAAGCAGACGAGAAGCAGUGCGACCCCAUCAGGCGAUCGCGACGGCGCAGGAAAAGCAAAAGGGAGUCGUCAACAGAGCAGAGCAGACCUGUUGUACAGAGCCAUGCACAGUCCAUUUACCCCUUAGUACAGGAGAACAGUGGCUUUCUACUCAACGCCCUGCUGAAGAGGGGUUUAAGUGAGGAACAGAUGGUAUCUGAUAGUCAACCAGUAGUCAUAGCUGCACAUGAUGCCCUCAAAUUUGAUGCCAUGACACCUGAGCCAGAGGACUUAGACACAGUGGCUCCAAAUUCACCCACUCCCAACCCUCCUCAGCCCCAUUCUUUGGUUCUUGGGCUGGAAUGCUCCUCCUCUAAAGACCAUCUGGAGCAGGAGUUACAAUCUAGACUCAAUCAGUUGGUCAGCCGCGAGAACAGCAAAGACAGCAGCUCAACCGAUGAAGAGUGCACAAAUCAGCCUGUGGACAAACAAACAGAUAAAGAAAGUGAAAGACAGAAAAAGAAAUCUAGGCAGAAAGACACAGAGAUACAAAGGCAGCGGGGAAGUGAGAAGCGGGAAAAAGAAAGUGAAGCAGCAAAGCAAGUGAAUGGACAAGUGAUGAAAAGAGGGGUUGGAUUGAUCAAGAGUGCUUCGGUGAGAGAGGAAGCAAGAGUUUGGGACCAGAACCUGGAGAAAGGAGAGAGUUUGGAGGAAAUAGUGACAGAGCAGGAGCAAAAGAGAGGAGACAGAAAAGAACAGACCAGACAAAGUAAGAAACAACAGAAGGAUGGACAAAGAUGUGGAGCUAGGAGGAGUGCGUCCAUGGCCAGUUCACCUGCUAUUUCACCUUCUUCCCAGGAGGGGGCACUGUCAAACAACCAGGUGGGACAGAAUGACUUGGAACAGCAGCAGAGGCUUCAGUUGCUCUCCUCUGUCUUACAGCAGAAAUAUUCGGCAGCUUCACUGUGCAGUAUCACCACGGAGGUGCUGAAGGUUUUAAAUGCUACAGAGGAGCUGAUCGGUGAGGCAGGAGGAGAAAGCUACACACCCUCUGAGUCCAUGAGCGCCUCUCCUAUAUCCAGUAGCUCUGAGACCCGCAAGCUGGACCAGCGGCUCACCAAGAUGGAGGAAAAUGUGUACCUGGCAGCUGGUGCUGUGUACGGCCUCGAGGGAGCGCUGGGGGAGCUGGAGCAAUGUGCACGCAGUAUUAGCAGUGCCACUACAGACACAGAGCUGGCCUUCCUGGAGGACCAAGUGGGUACUGCAGCAGCUCAGGUCCAGCAGUCUGAACUACAGAUAUCUAACAUUGAGGCGAGAAUAUCAGCCCUGAAAACAGCUGGGUUAAAUGUAACUGCCUGCAAUCGCUUCUCCAAGUUCAAGCCAAAGUCCAAGCCUGAGACCCUGGACUCAUCCCGCCAUCAGAGGAGGAAACUUCCAGCACCUCCACUAAAAGAAAAGUUGGAGUCAGAGCAGCAGGUGAAAGUACUUCGGCCAUAGUGACAGGCAACAGCACAACAAGUCCCUCAGGGCUACUUCAGAGCCCCGGGGACGGGGGCCCUUCACAUCCAGUGCCUUGACCCAUCAUCUGCCUCCAGCUCAAGGCCAAGCAGGGGCCAACACCUGCCCUAUGUGACCAUCCAGAACUCAUCCCUCUGCCAUCAACAUUAGUCACACCUCACAAAAAAACAUGACUGGUUCUUUCCCUCUUUCCCUUUUAAAUACUGGUUUUCUCCCCCCUCACUUCUUACGUGCUUUGUUAUUCAAGGGUGACUCAGCAGUCGGUGUGUCUGCCUUAAAAUCUGUAAACACUCCUCAUGAUGCAUACGACUCAAAAAGAAUAUCUGUACAGGCAAAGAAAAACGCAUUUCCUUUUUUUAUCCGUUUGCAAGUCUUGUAAUUUACUGUUCAAUGAAGCUGUGGAAAAAUCAUGUGAAACUUUGAGUGAUUCUGUGUCCUAAAAAUGAGGCUGAGUCAAGUUUUAUACUACAACUUCUUCCACAACAUAAUAUGAUACGGGGAAUUCUUCAAACUGAAACCCCCAUUGAAGUUAUGUUUACCCCCCCUACACACACACAUACAACAGCUAUCAACUGGUAUCAGACAGUAAUCCUCAUGUGGAAGAUGAUUGUACUGCUUUUUGAUAUUUUAACAAUAUAGAUAUAAAAAACAUCAGGGCCAAAAUGUUAUGUCCUUUCUUGCCACUAUGAUGUUGUAUGGCAAAGGGGGGUUUAAAAGCACACUUGAUAAAUAUGUCACUUGACAGCAGAUGCACAGCUAAAAACAUUUAAAUGCAUUUUUAGCAUUUUGAAAGUAUUUCUUGCUGAGAAUAAAAAUGCAAAAAUCCAUAGUCAAAGAUAUUAAUGUGCUAAUUAUGAUUAAGUCAAUGCACAGCUACCACUCAAGCUAAUUAAUAGCCACUAGCCAGAUAGCUAAAGUAUGCACUGGUGGAAAAGAGAAUCAGCUAGUCUGACUCUAAAUCUGUUGAUAAAGUAGGUAAAAAACUGGCAUAAUCUACCCAUAAACUUAGCCCCAUAUUCUUUUCUUUUAGUUUAGUUUGCUCAACAACAAAUGAGGGUUAUAUCCUAAUUACUGUAUGUGCUGUUCUGUUCAACAGCUAGCUACUAACUUUAUUUAGCAAGUCGCAGCAUUUAGCAAAUAGCUAGCUAAGUAUUUCACAUUUUUACCAAUGUUUCAGUAGGUCAGAGGAAAAUGGUGGAACAAGUUAAUCUCAUCCAGCCUCUUAUGAGAUGUUUAUUUUUAUUCUCCGUCACUGGUAAGAAUUAGGCAACAAAACAGAUUAGUUUGACUUAUGAAAAGAUAACCUUUUGACUUAAAUACAGCCAAUCAAAAUCCUACACAUUUUCUAUAAGGCGGGAGUGGUAUUUAGCUCCUCUGGUUAAGAAAGGUUAAAAUGAUAUGUAUCUGUUCUCUAGAAAUGUAAAAUGGGCUACACUCUAUGGCCUUAAAGUGGAAGUUGUGCACCACUACUUUUAAUUGAAUCCAAUAAGACCGACAUGGAGCUCAACACAAAACAACAUUCAAGUUUGGUCUAACAAUUUCUUGCUGACGGUUUCUUACCUAACUUAUGGUAAUUUUUUUCUUACUUCUCGUUGUUUUUAUUUGUUUACUUUUUACCUUUGUGGCCUUUCAUUUAAAAAAAUAAAUGUCUAAUUACUUUGCUGGGUCAUAUCUGAAAUUUUGUGUUACAUUAAAAAAAAAAAAUCUUUUUUUUAAUUACAUUAUAUACACCUGGGCUAUAUAACAAAUGUCAUGAAAUCAUAAUUUUGUUACAAGCAAUUUAUUUUUAUACUCACUGAAAGUUUUUAUGCAAUGCCACUGAAAUAAGUACUAUUGCAAAUUAAAGGCUUUAUUCUUUCCUCAAAGGAACUUUCCUCAGUCAUACCUAUCAGACUCUCACAUGUGCAAUGACUCAAAGUGCUUUCAGUGUAAGCCUGCAUUUACCAUUGGAUUAUGUCAGUAACGAUGAAGGUAAAUGCCAUAAAAACACACAUGACAAGAGAUCUUUUUUAAGUGGUCGGUAUUAUUAAGUUUGUACCUGUAUACACUCUUAACACUAGUUUGAAACAACUGCCUUUUAUUUUCAGGGGAUCUUUCUUUGCUCUGUGACCACUUCCAUUACUCAGAAUCUGAUUUAGUUGCCCAUAUAGUUGUUUUUGCUUUGCCUAAGCUUAAAAGCAGAGUGUGAUUUCCUGAUGGACUGCAUGAAAGGUGUGAUGAUCCUUUGUAUGAAUGAUCUGCCCCUUCUAUUAGUGACCUUAUCAUCCCAGCCUUUUUCAUCUUUGGGUUUGCACUUUUGUCAGUCUUGUUCUACAGAGGUGUUGUUGUAUAAAAGCAUGUUUCUGGUUUUAUGGAAUUGAUGUAAAGUUUCCCACAAAAAGCACAUUCACAAGGGUCCAAUCAUCAGUGUCCUGUAUUUUUAUAAUGUAAAAAAAAAAAAGCUAAUAUCUCAUUGCAGGAUAUGUUAAUAUAUGUAUAUGUGUGAAAAGAUGGAUAUGAUAUAGAAUAAUGUGUUUAUUGCCCAAUCAUAGUUGACAAAUAUUUUAGUGUUGUCUGCAAGAGAUUGUGUAAAAUUGUUAUGACUUGUGAAGGUGGAUACACACAGGAAUCCUUACUUACUGUUGAGAUUGGGCUCCAGAUACUCAGAAAUUAAGAAACUCACACAAAACUAAAAACAACUGCUACUUUUGUUCUUGUUUGAACUCCAGUUUGAAUGACUAUGACAUGGUUCACUGUGCACAGCUCUACAGACGGGCCAUCCACUUUUUGUGUGCAAUUGUUUGUUGCAAUCCAUAUGACAUGUUGGGGAAAAUAAUAACAAGCAAAGAAGUAAAAAAAAAAAAAAAACUGAUUCUCAAUGUGCCACCAUACUA